AUGCUGUGUGCGCUUUGCUGCGCCUGUGACGCUCGUACUCCGCCUCAGGACGUCGAUUUCGUCGACCGUGGUGCCUUUGCGCUCCUCGGCUUUCAGCGCCUCGGCAACCCGCUCUACCACAACAACUUGAGAAAUCCGUACGCGCGCUCGCAUGUCUACAAGUGCUGCAUGCUCAACCUCUCGCGGCUUAAGGGGAUCGACUACGACUGCGCCGUCUGGGCGAUGGAGGACAUCGACUUCAACAAGCGCCUCGUCUGCGACUGCUUCCCUCGCCCUGCGCACGGCCCCGAGGGUAAGCUCUGCUUUCGCGCAGCGAGCACUCCGCCGCGCGCGUGUGCCUGCUGGAGCGGCGACGCCUCGCGACAGCCCGAGAUCCUCUGCAAGAUUCGGCGCUUUGGCUUCUACCAGAGGAAGUUGCCGGGCGGCGCCUCUGGCACCUCGGACCGCAAGCCGCAGCCGCCGAAGCCGGGGCCGCCGAAGAAGGGCUUGCCUCCACCGGGGCCGCGGGCGCGACAACUUUGCAAGCAACGUGCUUAA